GUCAGGAAUGCAUUGACAAUUGGUCGUUGGUUGAAGCUGAGCACUGAGCUGAAAAGCUAUUCAUACUCGGUUCUUUGCAGCAACCCAAGUGUUUUGAAACGAAAUGUAGAUAGAAGUCUCAGUCCUUGUUACGAAAUCCUCAGAAGUCUACUUGGUUCCGACAUAAAGUUUGCAGGUUUCUUUAAGAACUCCUAUCAGCUGUUGACGGUCAAAUCAGUAAGCAACAUUGCUCGGAAUGUUUCAGUUCUCAGAGAACUUAAAGCACCAGAAUCUUUAAUCUCUUACUAUGCAACAUGUCAGCCACUGUUAAUGUCCCUUGAAAACGAGAAGUUUCACCAAAAUGUCAACAAGGUCAUGAGUUUGGGAUUCCGCCCUUCAACAUCAACGACGUUCAUGAAAGCACUAUUUGUGAUCUCCACUACGGAUUCAUCAAAAUGGGCACAAAAGAUGGAUUUCUAUAAAAAGUGUGGUUGGACUGAAGAUGACUUUUUGCUGGCAUUUAGUAAGAAUCCCCUCUUUAUGAACAUGACAGAGAAGAAUAUUUCUAGUAAAAUGGAUUUUAUUGUCAACAAAAUGGCUUUGGUUCAGCCUGCAGAUUUGGCUCAUUAUCCGACUGUCCUAACUUAUAGUUUGGAGAAUCGGAUAAUACCUAGGGCUUCAGUUAUUAGAGUUCUCCUGUUGAAGGGCUUAAUAGCAAGGGGAGAUUUUUCUUUCAACAGCUUGAUGAUAUACAAUAAUAAGAAGUUCUUGGAUAAGUUUGUGGUCCCAUAUCAACCGCAAGUACCUGAAUUGUUGAGCAUCUUUGCAGGGGAAAUGGGUCUGGGUCUUGUGGAACUGGGCAUUAGGGUUUGAGGAAAGCUAAUAAGUGUAGAAUGAAGCUUGUUAAUUUUGUUGUAAAUUUGAUGAUUAAGAGAAUCAUAAGAUCACAAACAUUUGAAGUUUUUCAGCCACAAGUUCUGCCUUGCCAAGAGUGGUAUCUAAAUGGUCAAGUGCACAGAUAGGUAUUUGUAGACUGAUUUUGUGACAUAUACUAGUUCCUGCAAAUCCUCAAAAAAGAAGUUCUAGUUGGUAUGUCUUCUCCUUCCCAGGUUUGUUAAACUAAGAUAUUUCUUGAUUUUGUUCAUGACAUUUUACUGCUGCCUGGGUUUUGUGAGAUGCGGUGGAGUUUGGGUUAGCAUUGAAAUCUGUGGUUUACUGGUUUAAGAAUGGCUUGUGAGAAGAAUUUUGAUAGUGUUAAACAAUACUAGAAGUUGGCUCAGCCUUAUUGAUGAUUCUUAUGGAAAAAAAAUCAGGAUGCCUGGGAUGCUACAUCAUGUUCAUAGAGAGUGCAGUUUAGCAGAUGGUCUUGCCCAUUUUGGUUGUUCUUUGCAACUGGAGUUUGUUGAUUUACUGCUCCUUCUGAUUGCAUCUUGGCAUGCCUUCAUGAUGAUCUUUCUGCUCUUUUGAGAUCUAAAUUAGUUUUUCAUGUUUGAUAUGGGAAGCUGCACUUAGGAACUUUCAAAUGUUUCUAUAAUGGAAAUCAUUGUAUGAGCUUCAAAUUUUGUUUUUUUCCUGUGAAGAUGAUCAUUUUUUUUCCCUUUUGUUUUAUGUUUUUUGACAACGAUCUCCUCUUUCUCAUCAGUCUUAUUUACUUCAUCAUGCAACCUGUGAAGGUGAUCAUGAAGUCCCUUA